CUUCCAAAUCUCUAUUAAAUAUCGCAUGGUGAUGAGAGUUUUGUGGACAUAUAUAUUAUAGCAUGAAUAUGAGCUUUCUGUGGAUAUGUAUAGUCGCAUGAGAAUGUACUUUCUGUGUUUUAUACUAAUUUUAAAUUGUGUGGCUCUGAGUGAAAUGUUAGAUAAUCUGCAAAUACAAAUAGGUAUGUUUGGCAUUGACGAUAAACUGCACAUCAAGAAUGUAAUGUUGAGACACCAUGGAACAACCUUUAGGAUAAAUGUUUCUAUGAAUUUUCACAAAUUUAAUGAAUCCUUCAUGUACUGUUCCAAAUUGAGUGAAUUUAAAAUGUCUACCUUAGAUUCUGUUUGUUUACCGUCAUCCAUAAAAUGUACAUUGUUAGAUACUUUUGAUGAAUUUGCAAUUGGGUCCAUGAUUUGUGGAACACAAAAACAUUACGCUUCGCAUGUUAUUACCCAAAAUAUGGAAACUACACAGUUUAAAGAAUCUGAUAUUUUACUUCAAUUCAUCAAGAUUGUACAUUGGAGAAAUUUGGUGCUUUUCUAUCAGAAUAAAACCGAGCAAAUCACAAGUUCUUUAGUAGACGACUUAUCUGAUAUCGGUGUAGGUGUUUCCAUGGUUAAUACAGAUAGGAUAAAUGAUAAAGAGCUUAUCAACUACAUUAUCCAGUCUUUUAAAGAAACCUCGAAUAUGCUAGUUAUUUGCUAUGAAGUGUGCAUACAGAGUGUUUUACAGUUGGUUAACAAUAUGGAUCGGACAAAUCUUGAUUUUGGAGCUUUGAUACAAAGAGAGACUAAAUGGAUAGUAUUAUCAAUGGACCAUAAUACCAGUUCAUUUGUUCCUUCUUUUGCUUACAAUAUUUCUAACAUAGCAGUUAUCGAAAGCAGUGAUAGCUAUCUGCAUAUUUGUAACGGAAACACGAUCAUAUCGUCGGAAGAUCUUAUAGUAAACCAAUACUAUUAUAAAGAAGACUUGGAAAAUGCGAUAAAGACUACAGCAAUAUCAUUAAUUGUAAAGACCUAUGCAGGAAUUCAAUCAUUCAAAGUACAAACUUUAAUUUUCACAAAGAAAGGUCGUCAGUUGGUUGAUGUUCCGUUUAAAAUAAAUCUCAGUCAAAUAUUACUUCAGGGAGAACUGUUUCCGAACACAAAGUACGGAUUUAAUCAAAAGCAAUUGUUAGUGACAACGCUGGAGUGGCAACCAUUCAAUGAAAAGAAAUCGGAAGGAAAUUAUACUGGAUUCACUAUGUCUGUUUUACAGAGAUUAGCACACCAGUUAAAUUUCACGUUUAGGAUAAUUGAACCGGAAGAUGGACAAUGGGGAAUAAAGAAAAAUGGUUCCUGGACAGGAAUGAUCGGCCUUCUUGAAGACAGAAAAGUCGACAUUGUUGCCGCUCCUUUAACAGUUACUUUUGAUAGGUCACAAGCCGUUGAUUUCUUGUAUCCAAUUUUCUUUGACACUAACAGGAUCGUGAUAGGGCGACCUAUAGACGACGAUGAUAAUAAGUGGAGGACUUUGAUAGAUAUUUUUAGUGGAACUGUGCUGGCUUACAUUGCUGCUAGUAUAAUAUUUGUCACCAUAUUUUUAUGCUUUGUGGAGAAGGUUAAUCCUUAUUAUUUCUUUGAGAAAAAUAAAGAGAAGAGUCGACUGAGUAAAUUGUCUGAUUGUGUUUGGUACAACUAUGGAGCACUGUUAACUCAAGGAGGAACUAAUACACCAGAUUCGCAAACAGGACGAACUGUGCUGAGUUAUUGGUGGAUAUUUUGUAUAGUUUCCAUGGCUAUAUAUAGCGGUAACUUGGUGGCGUUUCUUACAGUUGCCAAAGAUGAACUACCGUUUACUACAAUGGCGGAAAUGGUUAAACAGGACAAGUAUAAGUGGGGACUUUAUGGUAAUGGCGCUAUGCACAGCUAUUUAUCUGAAUCAACCUUGCCGAUUCAUAAGGAGGUCUGGAAUGGAAUCGUAGAUUUUAAUCACAGUGACCCAAGUGUUCUUAUGUCAAGUGAAGAUAAACAAUUUGAUAAAGUUAUCAAUGGGAACUACGCAUACUUUGCUGUAAAUUUGGUUGCACAAUAUUAUAAAGUUAGAGGAUUUGACAUUAUCAUACUACCAGAAAUUAUUGCUACAAUUCCUAAUGCUUUUGCACUUCAAAAGAAUUCUCCUUAUGAAGAAAUGUUUUCAAGCGAGAUAAUGCGAAUGCACGAGAAUGGUCUGAUAGACACUUGGCUGAAAGCUGGUUAUCCACCGAAUAUAAAAACGAGUAUCAAAUUCCAAGCCAAAGUAAUUGAAUUUCAAGACUUACAAAGUGCCUUUUAUUUGAUAGGUAUUGGUGUCACUUCUGGGGUUAUUUCUUAUAUUUUAGAAAGGAUACUCCAUAGAAUUCCGAAAUGUAAAAUUAGAAAAAGUAAAGGAGGUGUAAGAUUGCACCGCAUGCAGUCUUUUGAUUUAUCAGCAAUUAAAUAGUAUGAUUGACAAAUGACAAUUUUCAGCAUUAUUGAUAUAAUAAAAAUUAACAUAAUA